GUUACAUUGUGUUCUUCAUUUUCCAGAAAAGCUCCAAUAGAACCACAUUUCAUACAUUUCACACAAUCAGUUUGUUUUUAUCUUGCACAGAACUAAAAGAGCCGCGUUUAAAUUCAGUUUUUGUUAGUAAAGAGACGUUUAUGGUCUAUUAGAGUGACGUCUGUGACGCUGUGAAAGCACCGAGGCUGGUAGGAAACAUACCGGCGCCUUGUAGCUGUUUCAUUUACUUCAUUUUGAGUCAGGAGCUUUUCCUCCAAAAUGAUGAACUACUCUGACUACGACUCUGACGGAUACUCGUCUAAUGAAGACGCAGACUACAUCCCGUCAGACGAUAACCUCAGCGAGGAUGACCUUAAUGAGUGUGAAAAGGAAGACCCUCUGCGCGAGGAUGACGAUGUGCCACACCCUGAUGAUGUCAGCAAGAAGAAGAGGAAGAAAAAGGACAUUAGUAUGAGAAAGAGGAAGAUAAGAGUCCUGAAGAUAGAGACGGAGGAGAGGGAUGGAGCUGGAGCUGAGGAGGUGCAGCCGCCACAGGAAGAGCUGGUAAAACCCACUGAGGUAGAGGUGGACGAUGAAGCAAAACAGAAGAAGAAAUCUGAUGACCUCUGGGCGAGUUUCCUGUCUGACGUCGGAUCCAGACCCAAAGAAUCCACACCUACCUCCCAGUCCAGUACCGAACAGAAGGCCACUUCUUCGGUGUUGAAGGUUGCUCCUGUGAGUGCAGACACAAAAGCAUCGGAACCUGCAACAGUCACCAUCACUAAAGUUUUUGACUUCGCUGGAGAAGAAGUUAGGGUGAGUCAACAGGUGUCAGCAGACUCCAGAGAAGCUAAGAGUUUUCUGAAAAGUCAAAACACCAAACAGGAGAAGACUGAAGACGAAGAGAGGAGCUCACCCCCCAUUGAACCACCUCUUCCUGGCCCGAGUGCGAAGCGGCCUGCAGGCGUGUCGGGCGUCCUGAGUCGUAUUGGGGGGAAGAAGCAGAAGAUGAGUACGCUGGAGAAGUCAAAGAUGGACUGGGACGCUUUUAAAUCAGAGGAGGGCAUCACAGAGGAGCUGGCCAUCCACAACAGAGGCAGAGAGGGGUAUGUGGAGCGGAAGAACUUCUUGGAGCGAGUCGACCAUCGCCAGUUUGAGUUAGAAAAAGCAGUGCGACUGAACAACAUGAAAUGAUGACACAGACUGACAGCGCGCGCACACACACACACACACACACACACACACACACACACACACACACACAUACAGUGGAACAGAUGUUGGACUGCCUGUAUCUGUCUCUAAUGACAGAGUUGUGGAGCUCUCUGGUGCUGUGGCUUCAGUCUAUUUCAGGUCGGGGUAUUAAUAGGCAGAGUUUGUGUCAUGGUUGUGUUCUGACUGUUCUGUGCUUCCAUCGUCGUGGGAACCAACCUUCUCACUGAGGGCGUUUCUAGGAAGUGAGGUCAUUCUCUCCUACUUCCUGUUGAAGACCAGGACUCAGCUUCAGGGUUAAAGAACCAUUUAGUUUUAUUACAGCUUUGUUCUUAUUUUUGUAAUUUUGUCCUUUAUUUCUCUUUGUAAUGAAAACAUCAUACUCACCAGUUUAACAGCUGUCAGACAGUCGAGCACAACAAGUUAAAUAAAGCAGUUAGUGAGGAUCUGGUUCGUUUUUACCAACAUGAAUUUUCCUUUCAAAGUUAAAGCUUAGGCAUUAACACGUGACGUGUGUGAGGGCAGCGCAGGUCUGUAAUCCAGAUCAUAUGUUAAUACCUGGAGUCUUAAAGAUAACGUCCAUGGUCUGUAACACAGAAACAAGAUCCCCAGACAAGAGUUGUGUUAAAGCUACUGCUUAUAAAUAAUUAAAUGUUUGACUUUAAGACAUCACGUCUUCUCUCUCUGUUUGGUAUGUGGACUAAACACUGAAGUCCCAGAUUAGUUCUGUUAUAUUCUGCACAAACAAGAAGAGAGCACCAGACCACAGCUGCUGAACUGAUCCAACCAUUUCAACAAAGCUCUGAAUUCACCCACGACUGGCUGCAAGGCAACACAACUCAAGGCUCUUGUGAACGUUUUGUGAACGUUUCUUCCCUGAACGCAUCCUGGCACUCUUGUCCAGUGUUACCAGGUACUGUUGGACACUGAUGGCUGACACCGACCCGUCCCUCAGCUGUUGUUUUGUCCUGGUUAUGAACAAACACGAAGACACGGACAGGAGGAGAGGUGAGAGGGAUGUUUGAUCUCUUGUCUUUAUACAGUUCUCUGUAAAUAUCAAAUAUGCAAUAAACACA